UAUUUCUCAGGAAGUUCAUUGUGUUUCUGUAGUCUUUGCUCCUUGUUCUAGUUUGCCGGACAUGCAGAUGGAGGUGCGUGUGAUCCUGAAAGCGGCUGGCUUCAUCUGUCUGGUGGCGGUGGGGCUCCCUGCCAACCUGAGUAUUCUACUUCUCUUCUGUCAGCUGCGCCUCCUCCGGGGUCACCUGCCACCCAAUGAUUUAAUAAUAAGCAAUCUUGCUGCCAUGAACUUCAUAGUCCUGCUGUGUCGUGGCCUUCCUCAGACCCUGACCGCCUUUGGCGUAAAGCGUUUCAUGAAUGACUGGGGCUGCAAGGUGAUCAUCUUUGCCUACCGCAUGGGUCGUGCCAUGUCCAUCUCUGUGACGGCUCUACUGGGCUGCUACCAGAGUGUGAGUGUAGCUCCUGCUACCCCUCGCUGGACCAUCAUGAAGAGGUGGCUCCCCCCUCAUCUACCUCAUACCAUCAUUCUCCUCUGUGGGCUGAACUUUGUAAUAACUUCUGGCUCAAUCCUGUUUGCUGAAGCACCACCUGCUAACGGCUCAAUCCCAGAGUACACCUUGAACCUUGAGUUCUGUAUCAUGGUGUAUCCGGGUGCUGAGGUCUAUGUAUCCCAUGGGACAGCAAACACUGUGCGAGACGUGUUCUUCGUAGCCCUGAUGGUGUUGGCAGCAGUCUACAUACUACUGAUUCUGUAUCGACACCGGCAGCAGGUUAAAGGAUUGCGGGGGGCCAGCAAGGCAUCAGCAGGUGCUUCCCAGGCUGUUCUGCUGCUGGUGUGUACAUAUGUAGCUCUUUUUGGCCUGGAGAAUGUGCUGUGGGGAUACACACUCUCUGUCUCUCGGGUCCUGCCCGCCGUCUCCGAUGCACGUGUCUUCUUUGCCUCCUGCUACUCUGCUCUCAGCCCUGUUCUCAUAAUUGCCUCUAACCGCAGACUGGCAAGAAACUUCUUGUGCUUUAAAUGUGAACAGAAGGCAAAUGAAGACCCUUCUCUUCAAGGACAGUCAAGCAAUUCUCAUGUAGGAGAAUAA